GGAGCCUGCAGAUGUCCCUAAGGGAGGCAUGCUGGAGAGAGACCCUAUCAAGACAUUCUCUUCCACAGACCCGCCAACCCAAGAAAGAUCCCCAAGGGAGCUGUUCUCAUGGACGAAUUCCCGGUGCGACUAGCGGGCCCCCACGGGAGACACAGCCCCACAAGGGUGUGAUCUGCCAUGAAGAGCUAUCCCCUCACCCUGAAAAUCACUCCUAAUAGAAAUAGUGUCUGAGAGGUGAUGCUUCAUCUCAAUUUCCCCCUUCCUGAAGAGGCAUUUCUUCAAAGACCCCCAUUGGUGACAUCUUUGGGGAUCCUGAAGAGAAUAUCCCCCCCAAUGGGACCACUCGAAGGCAUAUUCUCUUCUCUGUGGGAAAUUGUCUCCACCCCAGGGCACCCUCAGAUCCCCACAGAUGCAUUCUUCCAGAGUCACGUGUUCAGGCAAGAGGCUGGUCCUUAUGGGAGUUUCCCCCCCAGAAAAACGUGUAUAUACACUCAGACCGCCUUCAUUUGCCUGCCCCAAGACAGAGCUCCUUAAGUAAGUCCUGUAGCCCCUCCAGAGUCUUUGCCUCAUGGUCAGGAUUAAGGAGUCAGGCCAGGUCAGGAUAUAUUUAUAAGAGUGAUUAGCUGGUAGCUGGGGAGGGGGCAGAUGGAGCGAUUCUUAACUCCGCCCCAGUUCACUCAGCUGAGGCCAAAGUAGACCAUACUUCCCAGAGUUGGAGAGGACAUCCUGUGAGCCUAGACAGAGCGGGAAGAGCUUUCCUAGGGUGGCAGCCUGUAGCUGAGGUCUUGGAGGGCAGGGUCUCCGGACUAGAGUGACCUCUGCCGGACACCAGAGGCGACAACGAGGUCUGGAUCAGUGUGUUCUUGGUGGUUGACCCUCCAGUCUGCACCUGGUUGAUGUUGCGUCUUUGUGUCCCUAUGGCCAGCGAGGCAUCUCAAGGAGUCUAUUGCUUGUAUUUGUCUCUGUCCGCGGCUUGUAUUUUCCCUUGUUCCCAACUAGGAAAGAAAGCUGUCCCCGGUGCUGGCCUCCUGCUCCUGUCCACGGUGCUGAAAGAGGAACACCCUGAAGACGAUGAGGGCCUGUGUUGCAGAGUCUUGAGAGAGGCAAAACCCACAAACACGAUAGAUAUGACCCACAACCACCUUGGGCCAGCCCAGACAAAGGCUGUAUCCUGUAAGACUUAGCUCCUGGGGCCUCUAUGAUGUCACUGUUGCCCACAGAAAGAUAGAGAAGCCAGAGUUCAAGUCCAGCCUGGGUUACAUAGGGAUAUCAUUCCUGGGAGGAAGCAUUAAUUCAUUAAUUUCCUUACUCAACAUUUACUGAGCAUGCUCUGUGUGCAAGUGCAAAAUAGUAUUUGGUAAUAUGGGAGUUCAGCAAUUAAAAAAACACCAAAAAUACACCCCUGCCUUGGGGCCAGAGAGGCUAAGCUCCACAACAAGCUGGAGAGAUGUCUUACCCAUUAAGAGCACACUGGCUGCUCUUCCAGAGGACCUGGGUUUAGUUCCUAGCACCUACCCAUGUGGUGGCUUACAGCUAUUCAUAACUCCAAUUCUAAGGAAUGUGAUAUCUUCUUUUGGCCUCCGUGGGCACCAGGAACAAAGACGAUGCACAGACGCAUGCAGCCAAAACACCUAUAUGCAUAAAAUAAUUUAGAUUAAAAAAAGAGUAACUGAUGCUCUUGCAGAGGACCAGAAUUUGGCUUCCAGCACUCACAUUGGGUAGUGUAUCAUAGCUUGUACCCUCAGCUCUAGGUGACCAGAGGCAUCUGACCUCCCCAGGCACCUACAUUAAAGUGCACACAUACCCCCCAACCCAAUGCAUUCUAAAAAUUAAUUAAAGUAAGUCUUUAAAAUGCCUGUCUGACCCUGAGAUAGGAGGGAGACACAUUUCUGAUGGUGGUAUACAUAUUCUAUUAGGAUGGAUGCAUAUGUUCUAAACACAUGCAUAUGAAAUAUGAGUACAAGCAGAAACAGUGCUCUGCACAUACACUUCUGUGCACACACGUAUUCUACAAAUACAUUCACAAACACUGCAUAUCCUUACACAUGCAUACUCCUCAAAGAUACAAACAAGUAUUCGUACAUGCUGUGUACAUACUCCUUGAAUAAAGACCCAUAUUCUCCAGAAACACAUGUAAGGGGUUGGGGAGAUUGCUCAGUGGUUAAGAGAACAUACCACCAUGCAGAGAGCCCAAGUUCAGUUCCCAGCACCCAGGUCAAGCAGCUCACAACUGCCUGUAACUCCAACCCCAGGGGGUCUGAUCAGAGGACUCUGACCUCACAGGGCAACCACACUCAUAUCCACAGACCUGUAUGGACAGACAGACAGACAGAUAGGCGCGCACACACCCACCCCUAAUUUAAAAUAUUAAAAUAUAAAAAAGAAAACUACAAACAUGAUCAGCAAAGAAAAUCACACACAACAUAUAUAGCUAUUUGCAAAUAUCCAGCAAACACACACACACAAUGUAUAUAAACACACAUGUAUAUAAAACACAUACUCAGGCUGGAGAGAUGGCUCAGCAGCUAAGAGCACUGGCUGCUCUUCCAGAAGUCUUGAGUUCAAUUCUCAUCAACCACAUGGUGACUCAUAACCAUCCAUCAUGGGGUCUGAUGCCCUUCCCUGGCAUAAAGACAUACAUGCAGAUAGAGCACUCAUACAUAAAAUAAAUAAAUCUUUUAAAAAAGAUAUCUUUUAAAAAAACCUCACACUCUGCAGUCAUACAAACAUGUAUUUAGGAAACACAGACACACAGAUAUUUAUCAAUGCAAGCACACUCAAAAAAAAUACAAACACCCAAGACACACAAUUCCAAAACCCAGGGAUGCUCAAUGGUACACAAUCCCCCUAAUACACAGAUACGUCUUCCUUCCACACAGCUCACAUACAGGUGUGUCAAAGUUGUGCAUGCCCUCCUUCUCCAGUGCUGUCCCCCCACCUGACUAUCCGUCCCAAGUUGAGUCAAUUCUAUGAAGACUGAGAUUGUUGUAUCUUGUAUAAGUGCACCCCCAGGAGACAGUACAGAGCUGCUUUGUUUAUUUAUUUGUUUGUUUUUGAGGCAGGGAUUCUGCUGUGGCUGUCCUAGAACUCACUCUGUAGACCAAGCUGACUUUGAACACAGAGAUCCCCCUGCCUCUACCUCCUCAGAGUGUGUGUUUAGUAUAUGUCUAUUGGCCAGGUGGUGGUAGUGCCCGCCUUUAAUCCCAGCGCUUGGGAGACAGAGGCAGGUGGAUCUCUGUGAAUUCAAGGUCUACAGAGCAAGUUCCAGGACAGCCAAAGCUACACAGAACCUUGUCUUGAAAAAGCAAAAAAAUUAAUAAAAUAUAAAUAAAUAUUGAAUUAAUGGACAGAAUGCUAAAGGACACAGAUUUACAAUAACUGCAGAAAGGCACAGUAGCAUGCACCAAUAAACACAUGAAACCACCUACCCAAGAGAUAUCCUCUCACACAAACCAGAAGAGACACAGAUGUAGGAUUACCCACCCAUCAUAGAACACAUCGUACACAGAGAGGGAGAGAGAGACAGACAGACAGAUCUUAGAUCCCAAGUUUAACAUAAAGCAAGCUUAUGGAUAUAAAUGCACCAGUCCCAAGAGCACCUGUUUUGUGGCUGUGGGGGCGGGGCUUUGGAAAGCCCCGCCCCUGGACCAAACCACACCCCUUAAGUUGCCGCUAUUUGCUGGCCUUGUUCUGUGGUUCUGAGGUGUCUCAGCAGCUCCUGUACUCCAGCCUGCUAACAGGUGGACAUGGCCCACAAAGGCCACUUUCAACCCAGCAGCCUGGACUGGGCCCUGCGACUGAUCCUGGCAUGGAUCUUCUCGGUGGCCUGUGGAGGGAGCCACCCUCUGCAAGCUAGAUUCUGGGGACACCCUGGGCUGGCAGCCAAUGUGGGCACAAGCCAGCUGCACCUAGCAGGGUACCCUCCGUCCUCGGUUCCACGGCCUUCCCUGAGGAUCCAAGAUCCUGGUUCACAGACAUCACCCCUGCCAGAACCUUGUUGUACCUCAGAUAUAGACGGACCAGAGGCAUCAAACCCAGGGAUCCUUCUAGAAAGCUGCGGUGCACCGAGCCCGGAAUGUGAAUUCUUCCUGGGACACCUUCAACGUGCCCUCCGCAAUCGCUUCCACUGGCUGCUGCUUGGAGUACACCGAGUGCAGCCUCUCUGCCCGGAGCUCUGCCGGAUUUGGUUCACCACCUGCGAAGCAGAUUUCACCUGUGGCCCGACUUGGCUGCAGCCCUCUGGGAAGAGAGGCUGUGAAGCCAGCUGCCGAACCUACGGGCAGACCUUCGCCAAUGCCGAAGACCUGUGUCGCACGGUUCUGGGCCACGCACUGCCCAUGGCAGCUCCUGGCUCACGUCACUGUCUCAAUGUCUCCAUCUCCUCUCCACGCGCCCGCCGCCCUCGCGCCUGGAUCUCGAAGGCUGCAGGCAGCGGCAGCGGCAGCGGCGACAGCCCUGAGUAGAUGUCUGGCUUUCAAGUGUGUCCCUCGCCUGGGCCAGGAGCCAGGAGCCACCCAGAAACACACCCCUCUCUCUCUCCCUCCCAAACCGUGCCCUGGGUUGCUUAGACAGGCCUCUCUACCCGUCAUCCUAGAAAUGGCCCAACUCUCGCUUAGUCUGCUCUCUUUCCCAGAAUAAAGUUACCGCCUAGACCAUGCUA